UUCCGUGCAUCACUUCCCAGCGCAUGCGUGGUUGCCGCCGGCCGCUGUUUCGCCCGGGUGGUUUUUAUCCGGCGCCAGGAGGGGAGCCCUCGAAGGGCCUUUUUUUUGUCGUCUUCUCCUCUCUCCGCCGUUUGGGACCACCAUGGUGCUGGACUUGGACCUCUUCCGCGCCGACAAGGGCGGCAACCCGGAGCUGGUGCGAGAGACGCAGCUCAAGCGCUUCAAGGACCCCAGGCUGGUGGACGCGCUGGUGGCCGCCGACGGGGCCUGGCGGAGAUGCCGAUUCCGUGCAGAUAACCUGAACAAAUUGAAGAAUUUGUGCAGCAAAACUAUAGGCGAGAAAAUGAAGAAAAAAGAGCUAGUGGGCAAUGAUGAUUCCAUACCAGAAAUUGCACAAAAUCUUGAUGAACUCACAGGAGACAUCUUAGCAAGUCUUCAGGUAAGCCAAAUAAAGAAAGUCCGUCUUCUGAUUGAUGAAGCAAUAGUUAAGUGUGAUGAAGAACGGUUGAAACUAGAGGCAGAAAGAUUUGAGAACCUAAGAGAAAUUGGAAAUCUCCUUCAUCCUUCUGUACCAAUAAGCAAUGAUGAGGAUGCAGAUAAUAAAGUGGAGAGGUUAUGGGGAGACUGUACGGUGAGGAAGAAGUAUUCUCACGUAGACUUGGUUGUCAUGGUGGACGGAUAUGAAGGAGAAAAAGGAGCAAUUGUAGCUGGAAGCAGGGGUUACUUUCUUAAGGGUCCCCUGGUUUUUCUAGAGCAAGCUCUUAUACAGUAUGCCUUGCAGACACUACUCAGCAAAGGAUACACCCCUGUUUAUACCCCCUUCUUCAUGAGGAAAGAAGUGAUGCAAGAAGUGGCCCAGCUAAGUCAGUUUGAUGAAGAGCUCUAUAAGGUGCUUGGCAAAGGCAGUGAGAAGACUGAUGACAACACAGUUGAUGAGAAAUAUCUGAUUGCUACAUCUGAACAGCCAAUUGCAGCUUUGCACAGAGACGAGUGGUUGAAGCCAGAAGAUCUGCCCAUCAAAUAUGCUGGUCUGUCUACGUGCUUCCGCCAGGAAGUUGGUUCACAUGGCCGGGACACCAGAGGCAUUUUCAGGGUGCACCAGUUUGAAAAGAUCGAGCAGUUUGUCUAUGCAUCACCUCAUGAUAACAAGUCUUGGGAGAUGUUUGAUGAGAUGAUUGCAGUUGCUGAAGAAUUCUAUCAGUCUCUGGGGAUCCCUUACCACAUUGUGAAUAUUGUCUCAGGCUCCUUGAACCAUGCUGCCAGUAAAAAGUUGGAUCUGGAGGCCUGGUUUCCAGGUUCAGGAGCUUUCCGUGAACUUGUUUCUUGCUCAAAUUGCACUGACUAUCAGGCACGCCGGCUACGGAUCCGCUAUGGGCAAACCAAGAAGAUGAUGGACAAAGUGGAAUUUGUACACAUGCUUAAUGCCACCAUGUGUGCAACAACACGGUCAAUAUGUGCCAUCCUGGAGAACUAUCAGACAGAGGAAGGAAUCAUGAUACCAGAGAAAUUAAAGGCGUUCAUGCCACCAGGACUAAAAGAAAUGAUAAAAUUUGUAAAACCUGCUCCCAUCGAUCAAGAACUUUCCAAGAAGCAAAAGAAACAGCAUGAGGGAGGCAAAAAGAAAUCAGCUGCUGGAGAGUGUGCUCUAGAAGGAAAGAUGCAGAGCAUGGAUGUGAACAGUGCCUAGACAUUCUGUGGAGAGUUCACCCUUAGGCACAUACAGCAAGGGUCUAACUGUCCUUAGACUCUAUCUAGUGUAUGAAUUGCUGAUUUGCCCCGUCCCUCCUCUUGCCAUGGGCAAGUUACUUUUUCCAACUCACCUCCCAUUCUCUGUACCACAGGAGGAUGGUACUUGUCAUGGUGGCCCUGAGGAUCUGAUGGUGUUUGUCUGCAGUUUGAACAUGGAAAGCACUGCAGGUGCUACUUCUUCAGCAGUUCCAUGUUUUAAUUUAUGUUAAUCAUGUGUGCAAAUAUUUUCUGUCCAUGUCCUUUCCUGCAAAUCCAAGCAGAGGGAACAAAUUGCAGUGUACAUCUUCAUUUGCUGAAAACCUCUACAUAGCAGAAGCAAGAGUCUAAAGCAAAGAUCAAAAGGGAAGAUAAAUAUAUCUGUAAUAUUAUUUUCAAGACAGUCCUAGCAUAAUCAUAGGACUUUUCCUGAUUUGGUGGGACGCAUGGAAUAAAGCAAAUAGUGAAAAAACUUGA